AUGAAGUUCCUCACUCCUCUCGUUCUCAGCUCUCUCGCCUCGGCUGCCGCUCUCAACCGCCGGGCGGAUAUGUGUGGCCAAUGGGACACCACCACUACCGACAAGUUCACCUUGUAUAACAACCUCUGGGGUGAGGGCAAUGCGGACAGUGGUAGCCAAUGCACCGGCCUCGAUUCGGAUGACGGAAACACCAUUGCCUGGCACACCAGCUGGACCUGGACCGGUGGAGCCGGCCAGGUCAAGAGCUUUGCUAAUGUUGCCUACAACUUCGAGGCCACUCAGCUGAGCCAGUUGAGCAGCAUCCCCAGUACAUGGAAGUGGGAGAACACUGGCUCCGACAUUGUUGCUGACGUCGCAUAUGACCUCUUCACCUCGUCCAGCGCAGAUGGAGAUGAGGAGUACGAGAUCAUGAUCUGGUUGGCAGCCUUGGGCGGUGCUGGUCCUAUCUCGUCGACCGGAUCUGCGAUUGCUACCCCCACCGUGGGCGGACAGAGCUGGUCCUUGUACAGUGGUCCCAACGGCCAGAUGACAGUAUUCAGCUUCGUCGCCUCAUCCACGACCGAGGACUUCUCGGCUGACCUGAACGAUUUCCUCAAGUACCUGCAGGAGGAACAGGGCAUGCCUUCCAGCCAAUACCUGACCCAUGUGCAGGCGGGUACUGAGCCCUUCAGCGGAAGCAACGUCAAGUUCACCACCUCUUCCUACUCUGUGUCUGUUGCCUAA